AUGGCACAAUAUUUCCAGUCUGAAUUCUACCAACAAUCACCAUCAACGUUAGAUGUGACACCGGAAGACGACGAGAUGAGCGUGUUGGACGACAAGAUCUUGGACCCAAGUUCCGAAGACCUUUCCAACAACCGCCGCGCCUCCUACGAUGCCCCACCUGCCUACUCACAUCGCGAUUCUGUCUGGUCCAAUUACUCAAAUACCAGCGCCGGCCAGUCGCAGCCAAAUUCGCAUUCGCAGCUUAGCCACGCUAUGCUGAACUCCACGGGUGCCUCAUUCAUGCCCGUCGAUGGCCCCCAAUUACCUUCCUACCCGCAGGCAACGUGGUCCAUGCCGCGCACGGAUUCAGGUUCAUGUACCCCGACCGUGAGCUAUGAUCCCUAUGCUGGCAAUGGAGAUCAAAAUGGUAUCACCCCUUUCUCUGGUGGUGCGGUUGGACCCGUCGGCGCUAUGCCUGCGAACUCUAUGUCGUACCGUGGAGGUAUGGCAUUUGCGACUCCCGGUAGUGUCGCCAUGUCGCCGCAAUCAAGCCAGGGUUGGAUGCCGGCGCCCAUGGACAUGGCUGAGGCAGAGAUGAACUCGAGAAAGAGUCCGAACUACAGGAUUGCUUUGCCACCACAUCGGGGAGAUGCGAUUCGGAAGAGAAAUUCCCGCAUCGCAAUUUCACCCGAACUGAAUUUGAGCAAUAUCGACGAAGCCAUCAGGAAUUGCACAGAUGAGGCGGAGAAAAGGAAACUGAAGUCCGAUAAGCGGCUACUGCGGAAUCGGGACGCAGCGCUGCAUUCUCGCCAACGCAAGAAAAAGGAGGCCGAGGCUAAUAUCGAGAAGAUUGAGCAACUGGAAGCAAAGAUCAAGGACAUGGAAGCAAUUAUCAAGCAAAUGGAAGUAAUGAUCAAGCAACCAGAAGCGAUAAUCGAGCAACUGAGAGCCAUGAUCGGGCAACUGAAAGAGGAGUUGCAGAACGUCCAAAGAGCAAGGGAAAAUCUGGAGUACGAGAUUCACCAGUUGACUCUCUACAAUGAGCAGCUCACAGAGCACAUCCAACGCCAGAACAUUGAGAAAGAUGAACUUAUCAUCACGCACACGCGACAGACAGCCAAUCUGGUGAAGAGGAACAGAAUCUUGGAAGAGAGAAUUCAACAGCUUGAGCAUGGCGCCAAGCCUGCUCAAGAAAGCCAGCCCGGCGACUUCACCAGCUUCGAGAACCCUACCAUGGAAAGCUCAUGGGACGGAUUCUCAAUGGCUACUGGAACUCCCUUGCAACCGGAAGGUGUCCAAACUCCGCACCUUCAGGUUAGCCAACAGGUCAAGGCUCCGGAGAAAUCCAACAACGGGUCAGACCUGCCGAGCCACUGGAACGCCAUCUGCAUGUUCCUGCUUCUUGGUGCCUUCUGCGCCUCAAACAGUACCUCGAUACUGGGCCGCUCCAUGCCUCAACUCCCUGAAGAGUACCGGGCCGAGUCAGCCAAUGUGCUGAAAGCAGUGCUAGCCUCGCCAUCCGGCAACGACCUGGCCAAUCACGGCACAACAACUGGACCCUCGCCGGCAACAAUCAGCGGCAUGGAGAUGGCGCAGAUGAGCUCUGCGCAAUCCAUGCCCUCAAACCUAGACCAGUUGCACAACACGCUUGUGAUGCCCACAGAGGAGCAGGAGCGCGACCAGGCUUUCUCAAUGAACGCGGAUCAGUACAACACCCUGACAACCUUCGAGGAUCCCAGUGGAGACUACAAGCCACAGAAGCCAUCUAGUCUGCAGCAGGCGUUUGCUGCGAUGCGCGAUGUCACUGCGCAGCGAACUCGCAUGCACUCCGCUUUGUCUUCGGGUGUGCAUUCCAGAUCACUUAUGUGGGACUUCGUGCCUGAGAAGGUUGUCCAAGACUUCCACCGUAUGGUGAAUGGCCAUAAUUACGAUACGUCCGUCAAGGUAGAAGGUAUCUUCUAUCCUUGA